AUGGAUCCCUGCACCCAUCGUAUUCCAGUCGCUCAGCUUUCCAAGAGGACUGGGGCGCCCAUUUUGUCGGUGCGAUACCGACUCGCGCCACAGCAUCCCUUCCCCUCUGCGCUCGUGGAUGCUUUGGUUGCGUAUCUGUCUCUCAUUGCCCCACCCCCUGGCUCACUCCAUGAGCCCGUGCCUGCAAAGAAGAUUAUCUUUUCCGGCGACUCCGCCGGUGGAAAUCUAUGCUUAGUGCUUCUGCAGACUCUAUUAACGCUUCGCCGCAUCUCCCCAACUAUCCGCUUCCACGGCCAAGACAUCCCGAUUGAAUUACCCGCCGGAUUAGCCAUGAGCUCACCAUGGUGUGAUGUGACACGAUCUAUGCCCUCUGUCGUUAACAACGCCCUAUACGACUAUCUUGCACCGCCGUCCCAAGUUCCCGAGACACUCUACCAACCCCCUAGUAUCCCUGCAGACACCAUCUGGCCGUGUAAACCGCCGCGAGUCGACCUUUUCUCCAAUGCCAACGCAGCAAUCCACCCUCUAGUAUCGCCUCUAGCGGCACGCAAAGAACUCUGGAAAGGCUCACCACCGAUCUACAUGAACAUGGGCGAAGAAGGUCUCUCAGACGAAGGCCUCCUUCUAGCUCGCAAAAUGUGCCAAGUUGGGGUUCCUGUCGUGGUGGAACAGUUCGAAGGCAUGCCACAUUGUUUCGGUCUUCUCAUGGUCAAGACACCAGCCGGGAAACGCUUUUUCGAUGGGAUGUCUAAGUUCUGCAGUGACGCGAUUGCGGGUCGGGUGGAGCCAUCCAGCUGUUUGACGUACAUUGGGUAUAAGUUGCGGUCGGCUCGCGAGAUUCCGUUGGAUAAGGCUGUUUCUUUGACUGACGAGGAGGUUGAUGAGCGAUUGCGCAAGAGUGCUGAAUGGCGGAUUAAGGGCGAAGAAGAACUGCAGAAACAAUAUUAUGAGAAGGCGAAACUAAAAGGUGAACGAGUCCGACAGACAGGCCAGAGGAACGAAGCCUGA